AUGGCGCUGAGGAGCUGGGCGCGCCUGGGCCCGGCGCUGCGCGGCCGCAGCUCGGGGCCGCGGGACACCGGGGACACCCCGCAGCACCGCCACUUGCGGGAGGCCCUCCGGAAGAUCAUUGACAAGGAGAUUAAUCCCUUUGUGGACAAGUGGGAAGAAGAAGGACAGUUCCCAGCACAUAAAGUGUUUAAAAUCCUGGGAGAGGCUGGAUUCCUUGGUGUGGAUAAGCCAACAGAAUAUGGUGGAAUGGGUUUGGACUUCUCCUACAGUAUUGCAGUAGCAGAAGAGCUGGGAAAUAUCCGUUGUGGAGGUAUUCCCAUGGCUAUUGGAGUGCAAGCUAGCAUGGCUACCCCUGCUCUUACAAGGUUUGGUUCUCAUGAGUUGAAAAAACAGUUCCUUGUACCAACUAUAGCAGGUGAUUUUGUGGCUUGCUUGGGUAUCAGUGAAGCUGGAGCUGGGUCAGAUGUUGCAAAUAUCAAGACAACGGCUGUGAGGAAGGGCGAUGAAUAUGUCAUAAAUGGUGGUAAGAUGUGGAUUACAUCUGGAAGCCAGGCAGACUGGAUGUGCCUCCUGGCAAACACCAGCGAAGGACCUCCCCAUCGAAAUAAAUCUCUCAUAUGUCUGCCAAUGAAUCUACCUGGUAUUCAUGUUGCUAAAAAGAUAGACAAGCUGGGUAUGAGGUCAUCAGACACAGCUCAGAUCUUUUUUGAAGAUGUAAGGGUCCCCUGCAAAAACCUCAUCGGUGAGGAAGGAAAGGGUUUCACAUACCAGAUGUUGCAAUUCCAAGAAGAGCGGCUGUGGGGAGUAGCCGUCGCCCUGACACCAAUGGAAACUAUUAUACAAGAAACCAUUGAGUACACCCGGCAGCGGAAGGUGUUUGGCCAGCCUGUCCUGCACAACCAAACCGUGCACUUCCGCCUGGCUGAGCUGGCAACUGAAGUGGAGCUCCUGCGCUCGCUGCUGCACCGUGCUGUGGCUCUCUAUGUAGAAGGCAACGAUGUGACAAAAUUUGCUUCCAUGGCUAAGCUAAAGACAGGUCGUCUGACCCGUGAAGUCACUGAUAGCUGUCUCCAGUUUUGGGGAGGAAUGGGAUUCACCAGUGAAGUUCUCGUGAGCAGGUUUUACAGGGACUUGAGAUUGAUGUCAAUAGGAGGGGGCACAGACGAAACCAUGCUUUCCAUCAUAUGCAAAUAUAUGGAUAUACUUCCAAGAAAGUGA